GGGGGCCGCCGCGCGCCCCGCCCCGGAAGUGGGCGGGCAUAGCGGGACUCAGCUAUCUACCCGCCGCCUCCCAGUCGGGUUGCGGCGGAGGCCGGUCCUGGCUUUGUAACUCGCUCAAGAUGGCGGCGCAGCCACCCAGCGGGAUCCGCCUCAGCGCGCUUUGCCCGAAGUUUUUACAUACAAAUUCUACUAGUCACACUUGGCCAUUCAGUGCUGUUGCUGAAUUAAUAGAUAAUGCAUAUGAUCCUGAUGUGAAUGCUAAACAGCUUUGGAUUGACAAAACAGUGAUAAAUAAGCAGAUAUGCUUGACCUUCACCGAUAAUGGGAAUGGCAUGAAUUCAGAUAAAUUACAUAAAAUGCUAAGCUUUGGCUUCAGUGACAAAGUCACCAUGAAUGGUCAUGUCCCAGUUGGAUUGUAUGGGAAUGGUUUCAAGUCAGGUUCUAUGCGUCUGGGUAAAGAUGCAAUCGUUUUCACCAAAACCGAGGAGAGCAUGAGCGUGGGCUUGCUGUCGCAGAGCUACCUGGAAGCCGUGAAGGCGGAGCACGUUGUCGUCCCGAUAGUGGCGUUCAACACACACCGACAGAUGAUUAACUUAGCGGAAACACAAGCAAGCCUUGCUGCAAUUCUGGAGCAUUCUCUUUUUUCUACGGAACAGAAAUUACUAGCAGAACUGGAUGCUAUUAUGGGUAAGAAGGGGACAAGAAUCAUCAUUUGGAAUCUUAGAAGCUACAAAAAUGCAACAGAGUUUGAUUUUGAUAAGGAUAAAUAUGACAUCAGAAUUCCAGAAGAUUUAGAUGAGACAACAGGGAAGAAAGGGUACAAGAAGCAAGAGAGAAUGGAUCAAAUUGCCCCUGAAAGUGACUAUUCCCUGAGGGCUUACUGCAGUAUAUUAUAUCUAAAGCCAAGAAUGCAGAUCAUCUUACGUGGACAGAAAGUGAAGACACAGCUAGUUUCAAAGAGUCUUGCCUACAUCGAACGUGAUGUUUAUCGACCCAAAUUUUUAGCUAAAACAGUGAGAAUUACUUUUGGAUUCAACUGCAGAAAUAAAGAUCAUUACGGGAUAAUGAUGUAUCACACAAAUAGACUAAUCAAAGCUUAUGAAAAAGUUGGAUGUCAGUUAAGGGCAAACAACAUGGGUGUUGGAGUAGUGGGAAUUAUAGAGUGUAAUUUCCUAAAGCCAACUCAUAAUAAACAAGAUUUUGACUAUACUAAUGAGUACAGGCUUACAAUAGCAGCACUAGGAGAUAAACUGAAUGAUUACUGGAAUGAAAUGAAAGUGAAGAAAAAUGCAGACUAUCCUCUAAAUUUGCCAGUUGAAGAUAUGCAGAAACGUCCCGAUCAGACAUGGGUUCAGUGUGAUUCCUGUCUGAAGUGGCGAAAAUUACCAGAUGGGAUAGACCAGCUUCCCGAAAAAUGGUACUGCUCCAAUAACCCUGACCCACAGUUCAGAAAUUGUGAUGUUCCAGAAGAACCUGAAGAUGAGGAUCUGGUGCAUCCCACUUAUGAAAAAACCUACAAAAAGAAGGACAAGGAAAAAUUCAAGAUCAGACAAGUGGACAUGCCUGAGUUUCGGAUUAAUGCUAAUAAUGAACUACUGUUUCGAUCAACCCCUGUGUCAAGUCAAAGCUUUUCUCCCGGAAAGGAAAGUGUUCCCAGAGGACAUCUUUCAGAGGCAGCAACUCCUUAUGCAACCAGACUUAUAAAUAAUCAUCGGAGUUCACCCCAGUCUGAACCUGAGAGCAACAGUAUGAAACGGAGACUUCCUACGCGUUCCUCGAUUUUGAAUGCAAAGAAUCAGAGAUUGAAUAAUCAGGCAUUUGAAAAUUCAGCUUAUAAAGAUGAUGAUGAUGAAGAUGUCAUCAUCUUAGAAGAAAACAGUACUCCCAAGCCCGCAGGAGAUCACGAUGUUGAAGUGAAGUUGGAGCUGAGUCACAUGGAGCACAGUGGUCUGCCGGUCGAGCCGGUGGGUGAUAAUGAACCUUGUGGCCAGACCAGUUCAGCCGGCAUCUCAUCAUCCAGGUGUGAUCAGGGAACUGCAGUGGCCACCCAGACGGAAUUACCAAGUGCAGUUGUUAAAAAGGAAGAACCCGUUGAAGAUGACAUAGAUGCAAGAAAUGACAAGGCUGUCCUGCCAUCACAUGUGGAAGCUGAAGGAAAGACGCAUGAAACCCAGAAAACUUUUGAUAAAUCUGUGGGUGAGGCUGGCUGCCAGUUAAAUGACCUGAAAAAGGAGCUGCUUCUGGUCACUCAAGAAAAAGAAAAUUAUAAAAGACAGUGUGAUAUGUUUACUGACCAAAUCAGAGUGUUACAACAGAGGAUACUGGAAAUGAACAACAAAUAUGUAAAGAAGGAAACGUGCCAUCAGUCCACUGAAACAGAUGCUGUGUUUUUACUCGAAAGUAUUAAUGGCACAUCUGAAAGUCCGGACCUCAUGCUAUCUCAGUAUAGGCAAGCUCUGGAAGAAAUAGAGAGGCUGAAAACACAGUGUAGUGCUUUGCAGCACGUCAAGCCUGAAUGUGGUCAGUGUGCCAGCAGCGAGAGCAAAAGCGAAGUGGACGAGAUGGUCGUGCAGCUUGACGAUGUGUUCAGACAGCUGGACAAAUGCACUACCGAGAGGGAUCAGUAUAAAAGUGAGGUUGAAUUAUUGGAAAUGGAGAAAUCACAAAUUCGUUCACAGUGUGAAGAACUGAAAACUGAAAUUGAACAAUUAAAAUCCAGAAGUCAACAGAUAGGAACAGAUGUUUCAACUUCAAGUAACAUUGAGGAGUCUGUAAAUUUUGCUGAUGGAGAAAGCCUCAAACUCCGAUCUCUUCGAGUUAACGUAGGACAGCUGCUGGCCAUGAUUGUACCUGACCUUGAUCUUCAGCAAGUGAAUUAUGAUGUCGAUGUAGUCGAUGAGAUUUUAGGACAGGUUGUCGAACAAAUGAGUGAAAUCAGUAGUACUUAAAGUAUAUUUUAUGCAAGAUAAUAAAAAUAUUUGCUCACUUCUUUUGGUUGUACAGCUUUCAAAAUGUAAACGAUUUUGUUUAAUAGGUAUGAUAGGUGACAGCCUGAAGAAACAUAAUUUUUACUGCAUUCUAUGCAUUCAAUUGUGGCCACAAACGUGUGGACACAUUAUCACACCUUUUGAAACACCUUUGAGUCGUUGGUGUUGGGCAGCUGAAUAGCUAACUCAUGUUUCUGUUUGAAAUGUAAAUAUUUACAAGUAAGUCUGCAGACAUAUUUUUUUAUUACCCUAGAGGACUUGAGUGUUUUUCACAAAGAGGUGUUCAGGUUGCCCCUAACCUUUGUGCAAUCUUUUCUGGUUCCCGAAAGUGUAUUUUUAUCUGAAUUGAGAGCUGUGCCAUAAUACAAAUGGAAAUGAUACCUUCGAUUUUCUUACAGAGAAUUUUAAACAGGAUAUUUUAAAAAAUGGGUUAACACUCCUGAUAAGUUGUGAGUGAAUUCAGCAUUAAUGUUUCUUUUCUGUAAAUUAACUCCUGAAAUAUUUUAUUCAUGAAAGUAAGGCAAGCAAAAACUCUAACCAUUUUGCCAAGAUUUUCUUGUGCUGAGAUUGCCAAUCAUGCUUAAAACAAAGUGAUUUUAUAGAACAAAGAAAUGAUCUUUGGUAUAAGAAAGUAUCCAAAAUAUUAAAUGUCUCACCAUGUUUACUUUGAAGCCCAUUUUGGCUGCUUAGUCAGCAUGGAGUGGGCACAAUAAUUGUUUAAUAUUUCUUUUUAUGAAAUCUCCUGUACAGCCUUUUGUAGGAUUACUACAGGUUAAUGUGAGUUGAGGAAGACAAUCUUUCUCGAACAAUACUGCAUACCUUUUAUUAUAUUACAAACCUAAGUGUUUUAUAUCCUGGAGUUAAGCAACAAAUUGCCCUAGGAUUAUAGUAUUACAUGCUAUAAAAGUUAUGCUUUAUUGAUCCCAUGUUUUGUGCAAUUUUAAAGAGAUGGCUUUCUAUUAAGUAUAACUAUGUAUAUAUAUAAUUAAGAAUCAUUAUUUUCCACAACUAAAAUGUGCAUUAUUUUUUUCAAAGUUUUAUCAUUGCUAUUUAUUUUUACUUUCAUUUUUGAACAUUCAGUACGUGCUCCUUUUUGUAUGUAUGCUUAAUUACAUGUCUGUUGUAUAUAAGAUUAAAGUUUUACUGUACAUUAAGUUCUAGAAAAAGCAAAUAAAUGAAGAUCGUUUUAUUUGCUUGAUAAAGUAAUUGAAACUGUAUUUUUUGGUAUGAAGCUGGUUUUCUGUCACAACUAUCUAUCUGGCCAAAAUUUCAAAUUUCUUAUAAUAAAAUAAAAACAUACGAUGGCUAA